UAAAUGUCGAAACGUGGUUAAAGAUGAGAGCCGUGGCCUCGAUUAUUAAAUAAUACCUCUAUUUAUUUUGAAUAUUGUAGUCACAGCGAUUGUACGAAAAUGAAGUUUGCCUAUAAGUUUAGCAAUUUAUUGGGCUCGGUGUAUUACAAGGGUAAUCUGCUAUUUACCAAUGAUGGCAUGUCCGUUAUAAGUCCAGUAGGAAAUAGAAUUACCAUAUAUGAUUUAAAAAACAACAAGUCGUUAACUUUACCCAUUGAAAGUAGAUUUAAUUACAAUGCCCUGGAUUUAUCUCCAAAUGGAUAUAUACUGAUCGCUAUUAACGAAGAGGGUGAAGCACAUGUAAUCAGUAUGAUUAGUAAAAUGAUCAUUCAUAAACAUAGAUUUAAGAGAAAAGUGCAGUGCAUCAAGUUUUCUCCAGAUGGCAAGCACUUUGCAGUUUGUAAAGAAAACACUGUUUUUAUUUUUACGGCGCCUGGAUUAUUGACAGGAGAGUAUAAUCCGUUUGUCAUGGUUAAGGUAUUUCACGAUGCCGUUGAUGAUGUAUCUUGUAUUCAAUGGUCGUUUGAUUCCAAGCUACUUAUUGUUGGAUCAAAGGAUAAGUCGACAAGACUAUACAGCCUCGAGAAAUGGAUGAACUUUAAGAAAUAUAUUCUUGGAAGUCAUUCCGACGCUAUCGUAGGAUGUUAUUUUGAAAAGAAAAACUAUGAUAUUUUAACCAUUAGCAGGAAUGGACAUUUUUGCAUAUGGGAAUGUACAAUAGAGCCUAGCGAUCUUGUUUUGUACCAGCCACCAUUAAAAAAGCUUAAGCUUAAGGACAGUGAUAGCGAAGAUGAUGUAGACUUGGACAAGGCCUUAGAAAAGACGGAAAAAGAAAAGAGGAUAAGUGAGAAAACAUUAAUCGAUAAUGCCAACAAUAUGGAUAAUGAUGAAGUGAGAACAACGAGGAGUAAAGACAAAAUAGAUAACAAAGACGUUAAAAAAUUAAUGUACAAAAGAUUGGGGAAGUAUUAUUUAGCGGAUGAAGUGCACAAAAGUGACAGGAAUGCAGUUUUAACGGCAGCAGCUUAUCAUCAGGAUACUCAUAUUUUAGUAGUUGGAUUUAAUAAUGGAGCUUUCUUUUUGUACGAAAUGCCUGAAGUUAAUAUGAUUCAUUCAUUAAGCAUGUCCAGUCAACGAAUUUCUUCUAUUGCUUUAAAUACUUCUGGUGAUUGGAUUGCACUAGGAAGUGCAGAUUUGGGUCAGUUAUUAGUUUGGGAAUGGCAGAGUGAGACUUAUGCCAUGAAACAGCAAGGUCAUAGCAGCAAUAUGAACUGCAUCGCUUAUAGUCCAGAUGGACAAUUAAUUGUAACCGGUGGUACUGAUGGAAAAUUGAAGUUAUGGAGCACGUCUAGUGGAUUUUGCUCCGUUACCUUUCACGAUCACACAUCCUCUAUUUCUGGAGUUCUAUUCAGUACAAAUCGUAAAUUCAUUUUAUCAGCAUCGCUUGAUGGUACUGUCCGAGCCUACGAUUUAAUGAGAUACCGAAAUUUUAAAACUUUUACUUCUCCAAGACCUGUUCAAUUUUCUUGCGUCGCCUUGGAUUCGAGCGAUGAAUUUGUCGUUGCUGGCGGGCAAGACGUUUUCGAAAUAUAUUUGUGGAGUAUAAAAUUAGGAACAUUAUUAGAGAUUUUAAGUGGACACGAAGGGCCAGUUAUGAGUGUGGCAUUUAAUCCAAAUCCUGCAAGUACAGAAUUAGUGUCGGUUUCAUGGGAUAAGACAUUAAAAAUUUGGAAUGCAAUUGAAAAUGGUUCCAAUCAUGAAACAAUACAGUUGAUAUCCGAUGGUUUGUAUGUUACAUACAAACCAAAUGGUACGGAAAUUGCUGUUGCAACUCUGGAUGGUCAAAUUUCGUUUUUCGAUUGUAAGACUGGAACACAGUUAAACACAAUAGAAGGAAGAAAUGACUUAGGUAGUGGGAGAUCCGACACCGAUUUGAUAACUGCUAAGAAAAGUUUAGAGGGAAAAGCAUUUACGUCGUUAUCAUUUACGGCCGAUGGAAAUUGUAUAUUAGCCGGAGGCCAAUCAAAAUACGUUUGUAUUUAUAGUGUUAAAGAAUCUAUUUUAUUAAAAAAAUUUGAAAUUACUCAGAAUCGUUCCUUAGACGCAGUUGACGAUUUUAUUAAUAGAAGGAAACUGACAGAAUUUGGUAAUCUAGCUCUGGUAGAAGAGCGGGAAGAAAACGAAGGUGGAAAUGUAACGAUACGUUUACCGGGAGUUAGACAAGGCGAUAUGGCAGCCAGAAAUUCGAAGCCUGAAAUUCGAAUAUUUAGUUUGCAAUUUUCCCCAACAGGUCAAGCAUGGGCUGCAGCUACGACCGAAGGUUUAUUAAUUUACUCAUUAAACGUUGAAUUAGUUUUUGAUCCAUUUGAACUCGAAAUAGGAAUAACUCCAAUGACUGUAAAGGAAACUUUAGCAAAGGGGGAGUUUUCGACAGCUAUUAUAAUGGCUCUUAAGCUCAAUGUAGUAGUAUUGAUACGUGAAGUUAUAGAAGACAUUCCUUAUUCUGAUAUUGAAUUAACCGCGGCAAGUAUACCAAGGGCUUAUGUAGAGAGAUUGUUGAAAUUUAUAGCCAACGAAAUAGAAGAAUCACGUCACAUACAUUUUUAUUUAUUAUGGAUUGAGGCAGUUUUAACUGAGCAUGGGCCAAAAGGAAAUGCAAUAUUACAUUUACCUACCCUCAUAUUACUGCAAAAAAAUAUGUUAAAGAAAUAUGAUGAUCUAAGUAAAAUAUGCGAUUUUAAUCAAUACACCAUAGGCUAUUUAAAACAAUUGAGCCAAAUAAAAGGGAAACAAAAAGUUAAAGAGAUCGAAGAAGAUGUUACCAGUGAUAACGAAGUCGAUGAAGAGAAUAUGGAAGCCGAAUAAAAAUCUUUAUUUCAAUAUAUAAUUAUAUUUUGUGAAAUAGUACU